AUGAACCUGGUAGAAGAGAUUUGGAGCACUCAAGUUCCUGGAAACCCCAUAUGGCGGCUACAACAGAAAUUGAAACUUCUUAGUAAGAGUCUCACUAGAUGGUCGAAAGAGAAGAUUGGGAAUGUUUUUGAACAAGUUAACAUAUGGGAAGAAAAAAUGGUAAACUUGGAAGAGAUUGACAUUCUUAACAACACAGAUCAAUCUAGAGAGGAGCUCAAUAAAGGGCAGGCAGAAUACAUCAAGUGGCUAGGUAUGCAAGAUGCCAUCCUUAGACAGAAAGCGCAGCAGAAAUGGUAUGAAGAAGGGGAUAGCAACACCAAAUACUUCUAUAGUUUAAUUAUAAACAGGAGAUGUAGGCUCCAUCUUCACACGAUCAAGGAUCAUAAUGGCUCAUGGGUCCAAGGGGAUGAAAAUAUUUCAAAGGUGGUUGUGCAUCACUUCAAGCAUCUGUUUAACCUUCAGCAUCAAUUCAGUAAUCAUGAGGUCGUCAACUGUAUUCCUAAAUGUAUCACUGAGAAAGAUAAUGAUCUGUUCAAUGCAAUACCUAACGAGGAUGAGAUCAGAGAUGCCGUGUUUAGUAUGAAUGCUUCAAGUGCAGCAGGACCUGAUGGUUUUAAUGGCACCUUCUAUCAAAAAUGCUGGAAUAUCAUCAAGAAUGAUAUUGUAGACUUUGUGUAG